ACUCAACGAUAUAUCAGCCAUUGCUGCGCAGAGCGUAAGAUGUACGCAUCGAAUAUAUAACCUGAUAUAACCUCAAAGCUACGAACAAGUUAUAGACCUCGUUAAAUACCAUUUCUCAGUUGCGAUACAAUAAUGAACGGCAGCAGGAUGUCGUUGCGUUUAUAUCCACUUCUGAGGAGGAUACGGAAAACGCACAGCCCUAAGUUCAGCACAGCCGUGGAGACGAAGGACGAGCAGAUAAGCAGCGCUCAAGUGUGCUCGUUUCGCACAACCGAGAACAAUCCAGCGAAUCAUAGUGUGGAUCACUUCGCCAGAUUGUAUACGGUGUCGUCGGACACUCAACAGCAAAUCUUUCAGCACGGUGGUUUUCCACCUGUAUUCAGGCAACAGAUCACCACCUUCCAGGAUUGCUCGCUACUGAUCAGGCAACCUGCACUGGAGAUCCUGACCUAUCUCAACCAGGCCGACUACACGAGGCCUGUUAACAAAUACGUGAUAUACGGAAAACACGGGACGGGAAAAAGCUUGACCCUGGCUCACGUAAUUCACUACGCUUUCGUACAGAAGUUCGUGCUUCUUCAUAUACAUUGGGCCGCGCAUUGGUUCAAGGAUGUGAAGGAGGUCGCGCCGUCGGCGUUGACACCAGGUUGCAUAGAUCUGCCGAUCGACGCUGGGUUGUGGCUGAGAACCUUCAAGGCACAGAACUUGCAGCUGCUUUCACAGUUGGAUUUGAAAACCACGGAGGACUACGUGUGGAAUCAACGCGAGAUGCUGUCGAAGGGCGCGCCCCUCCUGGAAUUGAUCGAUUUCGGGAUAAACCGCGUCAAGUUCGCGUGCGGCGCGGUCAACGGGCUGCUGAACGAGUUGAAGCGGGCCAGUAUCGCGGGCAAGUGCAAAACGAUGGUCCUGAUUGACGGGUUCAACGCGUUCACGUCGAGUUACACGCGCAUCAAGGACGACAACAAGGUGAUGAUGCUGCCGAAGCAGGUGACGCUCGCGAGACCGUUCUACGACAUGACCAAGGACGACUGGUGCAACGGUGCGGUGGUGCUGACCGUGGACACGUUGGCGAAUAAAGAAAGGCGAGAGUCCCAUCUGCCCAGAUACCUGCUCGGCAAAGAAGGUUUCGAGCAUCUCGAUCCCUUCCUCCCGAUUCUGACCGACGAUUACACCGUCGCGGAGUUCGAAACCAUAGUAGAGUACUACAAGGAGCGCAAGUGGAUCAGAAAUAUCACACCCAGCGGUCAAAGGGAACUGGAAUUGAUUACCCACAAGAAUCCACUUGGCGUAGUGGAACAAUGUAAAUUCUUAUAAAGAUUAUACACGGUAUAGUUAUUUAUAAUAAAACUUUCUAAAUCCUUAAACG